AUGAAGAACCCCCUGCCGCUCGCGGUCGUAUCCAUUAAGCUCGCCGUCCUAGCCACCCUAGCUCAUUUGGUGCGCACGGGUCAGCUUCUGGACGAUGGGCGAAGCUCGUUCUUCUUCCUCUACGCCGCAUCCUUCUUGUUCUAUGCCAUCUCGUCCCUACGCGACCCGUACGAACCAAGCCGAGCGAGGCGCGCCCAGCCCAGCUACCUAACGAGCCUCCUCAAAACGGUGUCCGGUUACCUCAAGUCUUGUCCCCUAGCAUACCUACCCAAUGAUGAGCGAGCUGCAUUCAAAGCGAGCUUAAGUGAACGCACCGGGGAACAUGGCCAAAGGAAAGAUGCACCAACAGCUGUUUCCAUCACACAUGAUGAGAUAACAUCAUCGGAUUCGUUAUCCUCCGAGACAGUCAGUACCAAUGGCAUUUACGAUUCACCCCACUUCCCCAAAUGCAGGAGAACUCGACAGCCUGACCAUUAUCCACCACAAGAACCACAACACAGUCAUUACAGAGAGAAGAAUGCAGAAAAAACAAAAGGGUGCCACCAUUCGGGGCGUCCACCGCAACCGCCGAGACAGCCCAGACCAACCCGAUGAGGAUCACCUCCCCUCCACGAACCAAACGAAGUACGCAUGUCGAGAAAGCACCCGAGUGGGGAUCAAAUUUGAAGGGAAGUCUGAUCUCCAAGCUGGGCGAAGAGUUUACCCCCCAUUGAGAAGAACCCCCCUGUGGCAUAACCUCCGUCUGAUUGCCCCCCUUGGGAUGAGAGCAAGCGUGAAUGAGAACGGCCCCUCUAAGUUCAAACCCCUUUCUGUGACACAACUACACCACGUGGGAUGCAACGCUGGAGAGAACCAUGAUGCAGGACCAACUCAUGUGAAAAAAACGAUAGGGGAUCCACUUAAACACACCCCAAUCAUAUGCUCUAUGCAUGUUAAAAUGAAGCCGUCCGCUAUCUUUCGCGUGCGAGGUGGUGAGGUAUACCAGUAUGGUACCCCACUCUCCUACUGCUAUGUGUGCGCCAUUGUGCAGGUAUACCAAAUGAACCCUCUUUGUUAUGACGCUUUCAUAUCCCUUCGGCAGAUCUUGCGAAGUAGGCACUGCAACGCCUGCCACAGGUGCGUGCGCACAUUCGACCACCACUGCCCAUGGAUCAAUAACUGCGUCGCAGAAAACAACAGAGCCUCCUAUUUAGUGUACCUCCUCUUUGAAGCCAUGACGGUUUUUCACGCACUUAGAUUACUCCUCCGAGUCCUUUUAAGGAUGCUUUUUGGAGAAAAUGGGUUCGUU